AUGGCUGAAGUGAGGGAUGGCAAUCCUACCAAUUGUCAUGACAUGUUUCGCAUGACAUUGGACUUGUUCUAUCAUUUGGUGGAUGAGCUGAAACAGCAUGGGUACUUGAAGGAAGGGAAGGGGCAUGUGGACAUGCAGGAGGCUGUUGCCAUAUUCUUAUUCCAACAUUCCACUGAAACUAUCAGCCGCAAGUUUUGUAGGGUGUUGCGGGCUGUCCACAGCUAUGGCCAACAUUUAAUCAAGCCAAAUCUGAAUGUGGUAGGCCUUCCAGAGCAUAUGCGGUCGAAUAACAAAUACUACCCUUGGUUUGAGAGAAGCAUAGGAGCUAUUGAUGGAACGCAUAUUAGUGCUAGGCCUCCAAGUGAGAGAACCCAGCCUUGUAGGAGUCGCAAGAGCUUGAUUACAACCAACGUUAUGUGCACAUGCGACCAUAAUAUGAAGUUCACAUAUGUCCACUCUAGUUGGGAGGGAAAUGCCUACGACUCAAAGGUUUUCCAAGAAGCUAUUAAAGAUCCGAAGCAUGGAUUCCAUGGCCACCGAAAGGGUCCUAUUACUUGGUUGAUUCGGGGGUACCCCAUUGGUGCAUCGUUUCUUCCACCACACAAGGCCACCCGAUAUCAUGCUCAGGAAUUCAGGAGGAGCAAUAGGCAACCGGCAUCGGGGAAAGAGUUGUUUAACUAUAGACACUCUACAUUGCACAUGCAACGUUUGGUUGUUUAUGCUUGUUGUGCAUUACACAAUUUUAUACGUAUCAAUAAUCUUAGAGAUGGAAUGUUUAACUUAUGGGAGAACUUUGACGUUAAUAGAGAUGAUGUACAAGCUGGGAACAAUGGGAAUUCUCCUGAGUCAAGUGCAAGUACUGAAAGGAGGCAUGUGAGGGAGAUGUCUGAUGCGGCGAAGAGGGCAAUGGAUGAGUUUAGGGAUGAUGUGACUGCCCGCAUGUGGGAGGAGUAUGCACGAUGA